GACAAACACCACUCAAGUUUUCUUCAGAAAGUGUCACUAUUUUGGAAUCUUUUUUAUAUUCCAAUUACUUGUAAAUUACAUGUAAUGUGUCAUCAGGGAAAAAUACAAAACGAUAGCCAGAGGACCGUCGUGUUUAUGUCUUCACAUGUGAUUCCAAGAGACGUGUGCUGAAGAAGAUUGGCUCAACUUUGUAGCCAUCACUCCGGCUGGGAGGGACUUGAAUUCGCUCUUGUUUAGUUCUCAAUGGAUGCCGACAUCAGCCGCGACACGCGAUCAGAUGCAAAACAUAGCACGUUUUCUGCGCGAGCGAACGGCGGAAUAUGAGUGUCGUGAUUGUGGAUCGCUAUGAAGACGUGCGAGGAUUGUGUUUAGUCUGAUGAAGCCAGAUGUGCUGCAUGGCCUGACAGAGCGACAGACAGACAGAGGGCAUCAUCUGUUUAUAAACACACAUCCCUUCAUACAGAGGAGCCGCACGGGAGGAUUGAUGCACCCUUUCCAGUGGUGCAACGGGUGCUUCUGCGGUUUGGGACUGAUUUACUCCAAUAAGACCUGCACUAUGCCAUCCGUCACCUUCCAGGACCUUCCUCUCAAUAUCUAUAUCGUGAUCUUCGGCACAGGCAUCUUCGUCUUCGUACUUAGCCUCAUAUUCUGCUGCUAUUUUAUAAGUAAAUUGAGACAUCAAGCCCAAAGUGAACGCUUUGGAUACAGAGAGGUGAUUUUAAAAGGAGACCCGAAGAAGCUGAAUCUUCAUGGGACCUGUGCUGUGUGUUUGGAGGACUUUAAGGUGAAAGAUGAGCUGGGAGUGUUGCCAUGCCAACAUGCCUUUCACAGGAGGUGUGUGGUGAAGUGGCUGGAGGUGCGCUGCGUCUGCCCCAUGUGUAAUAAACCCCUGGCGGGAUCCUCCGAGCAGCACCAGAGCAUAGGCACACUGCUGGAUGAGCUGGUGUAGCGCUCAGAAGCUUCUGGAAAAAGGGACAAGACUGACAUCUGGCUUCAAGACUUUCUAAGGAGUCGUUUUUUACAAACAUGAACAGACCUGACUCUGACUCUCACAACUUCUAGGCUAAGGCUUUGUAUCUUUUGAGGAAGGAAGCCUUUAAUUUAACAUUGAAUGCUAACAGGGCUGUUCAGUCUCAAUGUCUGUUUGUAUGCUAACCCACAAGGCUAACUCACCACUGGUUCCCUCAGGGAUUCAUAAGAGGGUUUUUAACUGAUGAGUAAAAUAAGGUCUGUGGGAAACACUAAUUUGAGAUUUAUGAAGAAUUUAAAUUUGGAAACCCUCGAGUGCUUUAUAAGCUCAAGUUGCUACACACAGUAUGAUCUACAACUACCACAAGGAUGUGUGUUUACACACUUGACGAAACUAACAACCUUAGUAUGUAGUCACUUUUUAAAGCACACAGAAGUUUUAAAAUCUCAUUUGAAGAAUGAAUGUGUGUGAUUUGUGGUGUGUGCCAAACGGUGCCAAAAUGAAAUGUAACAGGCCACUAAAAAACAAUUGUAUCUCCUGUGAGAAACACUCUUGUCUUCUGGGUAUUAGGAGUGCUAACUGAUUAUCUGUAUUGUAAGUGCUCUACAUCAGCAUUUACAGCUGAGGAGGAAACAGGAUUUACAUCAUCCAAGCACUGAACACUGCGACUGCGAGUGAUAACAUCACAGUGCACUGGGCCCAAAGAACUUUAUCACAGUGUGUGUGUAUGUGUGUGUGUGUGUUUUACAGCCAUCAGUAGUAGUGACGGGUGUCUCAUUCAUUCUAGAUUAUGUGUGCACAAAUCAUGUCACUGUCUUAAGAGAUUUUAAGCAAACACUACCACAGUUCCCUGAGUCACAGCCACAGAAAUGAGCUGCCAGUGAAAACACAAGUGGCUUUCUUUUUGUAUUUCAAGUUUUUGUGUUUGUUCACUUGUAAUGUGGUUGCCAUUGUUAAUACCUUCAGUGUUUUAGUCAAUGUUUUCAUACUGAAAAAAUGAACAUUUUGAAAGCAUUUUUUCUGUGCUGCAUGUUUCAGUUUCUAUUAUGUGUGUGUGCAGCUGUCUUUUAUACAACCUUUUAGCUAAGCAAAAUAUUUUUUAACAAUGCAUAAAUUUCUGUUUAAUAUAUGUGGUAGAACACGACCUUUUUUCAUUAUAUUUAAGUAUAAAAGUGGUCAACG